AUGCAGGGGAAACCGCCCCUCAUGACUCAACAGCAGCAGGCUGCUAUUUCCCGGGAAGGGAUAUUAGAUGCCCUUUUUGCUCUCUUCGAAGAGUGCAGCCAGCCCGCCCUGAUGAAGAUGAAGCAUGUGAGCAGCUUUGUCCGCAAGUACUCCGACACGAUAGCCGAAUUACGGGAGCUCCAGCCUUCAGUGAGAGACUUUGAGGUCCGAAGUCUUGUGGGUUGUGGUCACUUUGCUGAAGUGCAGGUGGUCAGAGAGAAGGCGACAGGGGACGUCUAUGCCAUGAAAAUCAUGAAGAAGAAGGCUUUGCUGGCCCAGGAGCAGGUUUCAUUUUUCGAGGAGGAGCGGAACAUAUUAUCUCAGAGCACGAGCCCUUGGAUCCCCCAAUUACAGUAUGCCUUUCAGGACAAAAAUAACCUUUACCUGGUCAUGGAAUAUCAGCCUGGAGGGGAUUUGCUGUCACUUCUGAAUAGAUAUGAGGACCAAUUAGAUGAAAAUAUGAUUCAGUUUUACCUUGCUGAGCUGAUUUUGGCUGUUCACAGUGUGCAUCAGAUGGGAUACGUGCAUCGAGACAUCAAGCCUGAGAACAUCCUCAUCGACCGAACGGGACACAUCAAGCUGGUGGAUUUUGGAUCGGCUGCUAAAAUGAAUUCAAAUAAGGUGGAUGCCAAACUCCCCAUUGGGACCCCAGACUACAUGGCUCCUGAAGUGUUGACCAUGAUGAAUGAGGACCGGAGAGGCACCUAUGGCCUGGAAUGUGACUGGUGGUCAGUGGGAGUGGUCGCCUAUGAGAUGGUCUACGGGAGAACCCCCUUCACCGAGGGAACCUCCGCCCGCACCUUCAACAACAUCAUGAACUUCCAGCGGUUUUUGAAGUUCCCGGAUGACCCCAAAGUUAGCAGUGAGUUCCUUGAUCUGAUUCAGAGUUUGCUGUGUGGCCAGAAAGAGAGACUGAAGUUUGAGGGUCUCUGCUGCCACCCCUUCUUUGCCAGAACCGACUGGAAUAACAUUCGUAACUCUCCUCCUCCCUUCGUUCCCACCCUCAAGUCUGACGAUGACACCUCCAAUUUUGAUGAACCAGAGAAGAAUUCGUGGGUUUCAUCCUCUCCGUGCCAGCUGAGCCCCCCGGGUUUCUCCGGCGAAGAACUGCCGUUUGUGGGGUUUUCAUACAGCAAAGCCCUAGGGCUUCUUGGUAGAUCUGAGUCUGUUGUGUCGGGUCUGGACUCCCCUGCCAAGACUAGCUCCAUGGAAAAGAAACUUCUCAUCAAAAGCAAAGAGCUGCAAGACUCUCAGGACAAGUGUCACAAGAUGGAGCAGGAAAUGACCCGGUUACAUCGGAGAGUAUCAGAGGUGGAGGCUGUGCUUAGUCAGAAGGAGGUGGAACUGAAGGCCUCUGAGACUCAGAGAUCUCUCCUGGAGCAGGACCUUGCCACCUACAUCACAGAAUGCAGUAGUCUAAAGCGAAGUUUGGAGCAAGCACGGAUGGAGGUGUCCCAGGAGGACGACAAGGCGCUGCAGCUUCUCCACGACAUCCGAGAGCAGAGCCGGAAGCUGCAAGAGAUCAAGGAGCAGGAGUACCAGGCUCAGGUGGAAGAGAUGAGGCUGAUGAUGAGCCAGCUGGAAGAAGACCUGGUGUCAGCCCGGAGACGCAGCGAUCUCUACGAGUCUGAGCUGAGAGAGUCUCGGCUGGCCGCCGAGGAAUUCAAGCGCAAGGCGACCGAAUGUCAGCACAAACUGAUGAAGGCUAAGGACCAAGGGAAGCCUGAAGUGGGAGAAUAUUCCAAACUUGAGAAGAUCAAUGCUGAGCAGCAGCUCAAGAUCCAGGAGCUCCAGGAGAAGCUGGAAAAGGCUGUAAAAGCCAGCACAGAGGCCACCGAGCUCCUGCAGAACAUCCGCCAGGCAAAGGAGCGAGCCGAGCGGGAGCUGGAGAAGCUGCACAAUCGAGAAGACUCUUCGGAAGGCAUCAAAAAGAAGCUGGUGGAAGCUGAGGAACGCCGCCAUUCUCUGGAGAACAAGGUAAAGAGACUAGAGACCAUGGAGCGUAGAGAAAACAGACUGAAGGAUGACAUCCAGACAAAGUCCCAACAGAUCCAGCAGAUGGCUGAUAAAAUUCUGGAGCUGGAGGAGAAACACCGGGAGGCUCAGGUGUCGGCCCAACACCUAGAAGUGCACUUGAAGCAGAAAGAGCAGCACUAUGAGGAAAAGAUCAAAGUGUUGGACAAUCAGAUAAAGAAAGACCUGGCCGACAAGGAGAGCCUGGAGAACAUGAUGCAGAGACACGAAGAGGAGGCCCAUGAGAAGGGCAAGAUCCUCAGCGAGCAGAAGGCGAUGAUCAACGCUAUGGAUUCCAAGAUCAGGUCCCUGGAGCAGAGGAUUGUGGAACUGUCCGAGGCCAACAAGCUUGCGGCCAACAGCAGUCUCUUCACGCAGAGGAACAUGAAGGCCCAGGAAGAGAUGAUUUCAGAACUCAGGCAGCAGAAAUUUUACCUGGAAACACAGGCCGGGAAACUGGAGGCCCAGAACCGAAAGCUGGAAGAGCAACUGGAGAAAAUCAGCCAUCAAGACCACAGCGACAAGAAUCGGCUGCUGGAGCUAGAGACGAGGCUGAGGGAGGUCAGCCUGGAGCAUGAGGAGCAGAAGCUGGAGCUGAAGCGCCAGCUCACGGAGCUGCAGCUGUCUCUACAGGAGCGCGAGUCCCAACUGACAGCCCUGCAGGCAGCCCGGGCGGCCCUGGAGAGCCAGCUCCGCCAGGCGAAGACGGAGCUGGAGGAGACGACGGCGGAAGCGGAGGAGGAGAUCCAGGCACUCACGGCACAUAGAGAUGAAAUCCAGCGCAAAUUUGAUGCCCUCCGCAACAGCUGCACUGUCAUCACUGACCUGGAGGAGCAGCUGAACCAGCUGACCGAGGACAAUGCCGAACUCAACAACCAAAACUUUUACUUGUCCAAACAACUUGACGAGGCUUCUGGGGCCAACGAUGAGAUUGUGCAGCUGCGGAGCGAGGUGGACCAUCUCCGCCGUGAGAUCACGGAGAGGGAGAUGCAGCUCACCAGCCAGAAGCAAACGAUGGAGGCCCUGAAGACCACGUGCACCAUGCUGGAGGAGCAGGUCAUGGAUCUGGAGGCCCUGAACGAUGAGCUGCUGGAAAAAGAGAGGCAGUGGGAGGCCUGGAGGAGCGUCCUCGGGGACGAGAAGUCCCAGUUCGAGUGUCGCGUUCGAGAGCUGCAGAGGAUGCUGGACACCGAGAAGCAGAGCAGGGCGAGAGCCGAUCAGCGCAUCACCGAGUCUCGCCAGGUGGUGGAGUUGGCGGUGAAGGAGCACAAGGCCGAGAUUCUGGCUCUGCAGCAGGCUCUCAAAGAACAGAAACUGAAAGCGGAGAGCCUGUCCGACAAGCUCAACGACCUGGAGAAGAAGCACGCCAUGCUUGAGAUGAACGCCCGGAGCUUACAGCAGAAACUGGAGACAGAGCGGGAGCUCAAGCAGAGGCUUCUGGAGGAGCAAGCCAAGCUGCAGCAGCAGAUGGACCUGCAGAAGAACCACAUCUUCCGUCUGACCCAAGGGCUGCAGGAGGCGCUGGACCGGGCAGACCUGCUGAAGACUGAAAGGAGCGACCUGGAGUAUCAGCUGGAAAACAUUCAGGUCCUCUAUUCCCAUGAGAAGGUGAAGAUGGAAGGCACUAUCUCUCAACAAACCAAACUCAUUGAUUUUUUGCAAGCCAAAAUGGACCAACCGGCUAAAAAGAAAAAGGGUUUAUUUAGUCGACGGAAAGAGGACCCUGCUUUGCCCACACAGGUUCCUCUCCAGUACAAUGAACUGAAGCUGGCCCUGGAGAAGGAGAAGGCGCGCUGUGCAGAGCUGGAAGAAGCCCUUCAGAAGACCCGCAUUGAGCUCCGGUCUGCCCGGGAGGAAGCUGCCCACCGCAAAGCCACGGACCACCCACACCCGUCCACGCCAGCCACUGCAAGGCAGCAGAUUGCCAUGUCUGCCAUUGUGCGGUCUCCCGAGCACCAACCCAGUGCCAUGAGCCUGCUCGCCCCACCAUCCAGCCGCAGGAAGGAGUCAUCAACCCCAGAGGAAUUUAGUCGGCGUCUCAAGGAGCGUAUGCACCACAACAUCCCUCACCGAUUUCACGUGGGGCUGAACAUGCGAGCCACCAAGUGUGCCGUGUGUCUGGACACCGUGCACUUUGGACGCCAGGCAUCCAAAUGUCUCGAAUGUCAGGUGAUGUGUCAUCCCAAGUGCUCUACCUGCUUGCCAGCCACCUGUGGCUUGCCCGCUGAAUAUGCUACACACUUCACCGAGGCCUUCUGCCGUGACAAAAUGAACUCCCCGGGUCUCCAGAGCAAGGAGCCCAGCAGCGGCUUGCACCUGGAAGGGUGGAUGAAAGUGCCCAGGAAUAACAAGCGUGGACAGCAAGGCUGGGACAGGAAGUACAUUGUCUUGGAGGGGUCAAAAGUCCUCAUCUAUGACAAUGAAGCCAGAGAAGCUGGACAGAGGCCGGUGGAAGAAUUUGAGCUGUGCCUUCCCGACGGGGACGUAUCUAUUCAUGGUGCCGUUGGUGCUUCUGAACUUGCAAAUACAGCCAAAGCAGAUGUCCCGUACGUACUGAAGAUGGAGUCUCACCCACACACUACCUGCUGGCCUGGGAGGACCCUGUACUUGCUAGCCCCCAGCUUUCCCGACAAGCAGCGCUGGGUCACCGCCUUAGAAAAUGUCGUCGCAGGUGGGAGAGUUUCUAGGGAAAAGGCAGAAGCUGAUGCUGCACGAGACUGUACUUCCUGUGAGCAGCAGCCUGUGUGGGUUGAGAAAUUACUUGGCAACUCUCUACUGAAACUGGAAGGUGAUGACCGGCUUGACAUGAACUGUACCCUGCCCUUCAGCGACCAGGUGGUGCUGGUGGGCACCGAGGAAGGGCUCUAUGCACUGAAUGUCUUGAAAAACUCCUUAACCCACAUCCCAGGAAUUGGAGCGGUCUUCCAAAUUUACAUCAUCAAGGACCUGGAGAAGCUGCUUAUGAUAGCAGGGGAAGAGAGGGCCCUCUGUCUGGUGGAUGUGAAGAAGGUGAAGCAGUCCUUGGCACAGUCCCACCUUCCUGCCCAGCCCGACAUCUCCCCCAAUGUAUUUGAAGCCGUCAAAGGCUGUCACUUGUUUGCUGCUGGCAAGAUCGAGAACAGCCUCUGCAUCUGUGCCGCCAUGCCAAGCAAAGUCGUCAUCCUCCGCUACAAUGACAGCCUCAGCAAGUAUUGCAUCCGGAAGGAGAUAGAGACCUCCGAGCCCUGCAGCUGCAUCCACUUCACCAAUUACAGCAUCCUCAUCGGAACCAACAAAUUCUACGAGAUCGACAUGAAGCAGUACACGCUCGAGGAGUUCCUGGACAAGAACGACCACUCUUUGGCACCGGCUGUUUUCGCUUCUUCGUCCCACAGCUUCCCCGUGUCCAUCGUGCAGGCGAAUGGCGCUGGGCAGCGGGAGGAGUACCUGUUGUGCUUCCACGAAUUUGGGGUGUUCGUGGAUUCCUAUGGAAGACGUAGCCGCACAGAUGAUCUCAAGUGGAGUCGCUUACCUCUGGCCUUUGCCUACAGAGAACCCUAUCUGUUCGUGACUCACUUCAACUCACUGGAAGUAAUUGAGAUCCAGGCACGUUCCUCCCUGGGGACCCCUGCCCGAGCCUAUCUGGAAAUCCCGAACCCGCGCUACCUGGGCCCCGCAAUUUCCUCCGGAGCGAUUUACCUGGCCUCCUCCUACCAGGACAAGUUAAGGGUCAUAUGCUGCAAAGGAAACCUUGUGAAGGAGUCUGGCACUGACCAGCACCGGGUGCCCUCCACCUCCCGCAGCCCCAACAAGCGAGGCCCCCCCACAUACAACGAGCACAUCACUAAACGUGUGGCCUCCAGUCCGGCGCCACCGGAAGGCCCCAGCCACCCCCGAGAGCCAAGCACACCCCACCGCUACCGAGACCGAGAGGGCCGGGCAGAGCUGCGCAGGGACAAGUCCCCAGGCCGUCCCCUGGAGCGGGAGAAGUCCCCGGGCCGGAUGCUCAGCACGAGGAGAGAGCGGUCCCCAGGGAGACUGUUUGAAGACAGCAGUAGGGGCCGGCUGCCUGCGGGAGCCGUGAGGACCCCACUGUCCCAGGUUAACAAGGUCUGGGACCAGUCUUCAGUAUAAGUCUCAACCA